GCUCUUCCGGUGUGUUGCUUCAAUGGCGGACUAAACAAACUGAGAAUGUCGGUUUGCAGGUUAUCUGUUUUAUAAAUGCUAGCAGAUGAGUUAGAUAAUAUUUUGUCACUCGAUGGAAUAAAAAAAGCUGAAAUGGUGAAAAUGGCUGAUGGUAUAAUCUCUAGUCAAAGUAUUUACAGUACAAAUAGAUCAGACUUUUCAAGAACACAUAGAUUUACAGAUUAUACUCAACCAUCUACGACUACUAGUUAUGAGUUCGACACUCAACCCACUAAACCCCCUGUUCCAUCUUGGAAAGAAGAGAUCUUGAAAUCUGCGAUCCCUGACACUAACCUUAAUUUAACGCCAGAUCGUGCCACAAAAAAUUUCAUUACAUCAUCAGACAGAGCCAUGUCUCCAACUGUUUCCAUCAUCUCUAAACCUCUAACAAAACCCAAAUUAAAACAAAAAGUGCGUUUUGAUAUUGAUGAUAGUGUAGAAAAUGGCAGUAUCCUAGAAAUAUCUGCUAAAUCACCUGUCGAAUAUGAACCAAGUGUUAAUUUAAUGGUUAAUUCUCCAUCCAAAUCUACUCCCAUGAAAGAAUACUGUCCUAAAAUGUACGCUAGUAAAACCGAGCAGUCUGUUGUUAGUGAUACUGAUUUGGACGUCACAGAGACCGAUGACGAUACUAAUAGUGAUGGUCAUUCCAGACCAAUGUCUUUAGAACAAAGUUAUACAGAAACCGCGCUCAGAUUCCUUACCAUCAAAGAGUCGGAACAAAUAAAACCAGAACCUCCAAGAAUCGUAGAUUCAGUGCCAGCUCAUGCUAGAAAAUGUCAUGCAGUGAAACAUGUUAUUGUUACACGUGAAUACGAAAAUAGACCUGACCCCACUGAUUAUCAGUUCCCUUUUGUUGAUCAUACUGUGACCUAUGAACCUGAACAUGUGUUUGCUAGACCAGAAUAUAAUAGUACACUAAAAAUCAGUGAAGAACUGAAAGAUUUGAAAUCCUCUAAGCCAAAAGUUGCUCAAACCCUAAAACAGAAACUGAAACAGUCUGAAGAAACCAGAACAGAUAUUAAUGAAAAGGCUUCUGUAAAAGUAAACUGUUCGAAAGAUUUGUUUUCUGGGUUGGUUGGAGUCGAACCAGAAAUUAACAACUUGUGUUUAGAGGUAGAAAGGGAGGCAACUCUGAAAUCAAGAUCAAAAUCUCACAAAACCAACAAGAGUAGGUUAAAAAAGCAAUAUGGUAUUAGUGGUACUAAAUCUGAACCAAAGGUUCCAGAUAUAUUAGAAUUUUAUUCCGAGGACCGACAGAGAGAGAUUCCAGAUUUACAUUUAGUAGGCAUUAGUUUAUCAGAUGUAAAGUUAAAUACAGCUGAUCAAUCUACAGCAUUUGAUAUUUAUAGACAUAAUAAAGUAUGGGAUACUUUAAAUAAUUAAAUUCAAGAUUAUCUUAAAGUUGCUGAUCACCAUUUGCAUUUUUUGGACAAUAUCUCAUAAAUUCAUGGCUUAAAAUGUACUUAAAUUGAUUAUUUAACAUUUGGAGAGCAAAAUACUACCUGGAUGGCCGAAUGGUUUGUGUGUGCAUGUUGUAUCAUAAUGUCUGUCAUUGAGUCAACUGGGGUGGUUUCGAUUCGCUGGUUGUAUGUGACAAGGAGUUGGGUCACCUGUUCUCUGCAUCCUGCAGUUUCCUCCCAUUGCUAAAGACCCCUAGGCGCAAGCUAAUUAUUGAAAUAAAAUUGAACCAUAUGUUAGUCCCAAAAUGACCUGGUUUGUGUCGUGGACAGUUCAUCAUAUCUUUGUAAAUACUGAAUGUAAUUGAACCAUUUUUGGACCUAUAUUCCUUUUAGAGAUUCAACUUUGACAAUAUUGUAGAUUACAAUGGAUUAACAAUCACUCAAAAGAUGAUCAGUGACUUUAAACAAUUCAUUUCAUGCUUCCUGUCCUAUAAAUAUUUUAUAUAAAUUAGAAAAUCACACUACCUGGUGUAUUGUAAAAAAUAUAUUAAUAUUUGAGAGGAUCAGAGUGUAUAUCAUUUGUAUAAUCAUAUAAAUUUUAUUAAUUAAAGAAUAUUAUUUUGGAGUAGAUGUUAUUAGUGUAUUUUACAUUGGUUAUACAUUGAUAUUGAAACCAAGAUAAACGAACCAGGGAAAACAAAAUAAUAUGGUUUGCAAGAAGACGCCCAUGACAAUUAAAAAACUAAAAAUUGUUGAUCUUGUUUUGAGAUUUUAAUCAUGAUUUUGACACAAACUCAGCCAGGCGGAUCAACCAUUUUGACAAUUAAGAGAAGGUGGAGACGGCAAAACUCCCCCCCAUAGAACACUGG